AUGAACGACACCCCUCUGUCCUUCGACCAGACAGGCCACACCCCCAACUUCCCUCCCGUCCACAGCCCCGGCGGCCCCUCCCUCAACAACAAACGCAGGAGUCUCGCUGAUCUCCUCUUUGUCCCCACCAAGAUCAAGGCCAAACGGAGCAGCUCGAGCAGCGUCAGCAGCGUGGAUUCUUCUUCUUAUCGACAGGACGAGACCGGACAAGAACUCUCUGGCAACUUUAACGUCGGCUGGUCAAACCAUCCAAAGUCAGCCUCCGCAACAUCAACCACCAGCACCUCCUCUACCGGCGCCAUGUCUGGCUCAGCUGGAUUAACAAUAACAUCGUCAUCAAACGUCCCCCACCACCACUACCAACAGCACCACCACCAACAACAGCGCAUGUCGCUAGAAUCUCAAGCCUCGCCACCCGCCCGCAAAUCUUCGACGGUCAAGGGUGUUGGCAAAGGAGCGGACAUGAAAGGGUCAAGGAAGCACACGGGGGAGAAGCCAUACAAAUGCAUAGUCGCGAACUGCCCGCGUACCUUCAGUCGCUAUGACAACAUGAUCCAGCACACUCAAACCCACAGUGAUCGCACCAAGAGGGACUCACUCGCCGCUGUCGCCUCUGCCGCCUCUGCCGCAGGAGUCAUAAGUGGACCCCAUUCCCGGUCAUCCUCAGUUCAAUCGACCCCACUCUUGCCAGGAAGACCCAGAGGAGGAAGUAAUCCCGUCGUGUUUGGGCCUAGCUGGGAUGAGCAUCUUCGACGGACACAGAAUAACUCGCCUGCUGCCUCGCCCUACAAUGCCAGCCCCGCGUUUUCUCAUCAUCAUCAGCAGCAACAGCAGCAUCACCAUCCAUAUUCUCCUCACUAUCAACACCACCCGCAGCAGCAGCAGCAACCACAUCAUCCUAUUCAGUGGUCUCUCCCGUCAGGCGUGCCCGCCGGUUCGUCGCCGGCCUUGCCGACCCAGUACUACGGUCAUCACCAUGGCGCCGAGAGCCACCCCUCUCUGCCAGGAUACCAAAGUUCCUCCACGCCUGUUGUUCGGACUCUCAAAGCCAACUCUCGGAGCUUGCCCCAUCUCCAAGCAAGAGCAUCACCCAUAGCAUCAUUUUCCCCUACCGCUGACAGUCCUAGCGUCGGGUUACAGCAGAAUAUGUCGACCAUGGAGAUUGAAGAACUUAAGCGACGAAAGAGUGAAGUGCUAUUGCCGUCAUCCUUUUCCGGGGCUCGAGCUGCAUCACCCACAUCGACUGGAUAUGAUCAGGGGAUCGGGUUGGGCAUGGCACCUUUCACACCAACGACCUCGCACUCGCAGUCUCUUCCUCAGGUGGAGAAGUUGACAGCCGGAGAGCAGGAACGACUGAACGAACAUCGACGGUCGGCGCAGGCAAUGUUCUUCAAGAUUAAUGCUGGUCGUGAAGGGUCUAUGGAUACCAGGAGAACGCCAGAGUAUUCGGAACACCCUAGCUCCACUGUUGGGCCUUCUCAACAGCAGCAACACCAUCACCAACCUUUGGCAGUCAACACAACUCCGAGUUCUGGAAGUACAGGGUCAGGCCUUCCCCAUGUGCAGCAACUUUCAGCCUUAGAGAAGGGUCGGUUGUUGGAGCAUCGUAAAUCGACCCCAGAGCUCAUGUACGACGCGAAGAUGAAGCGAUCUAGCAAUGAUCCAACCGAUAUGGUCGUCCAACCCCUGCCUUCGCGUGAUGCCCGGUCGGGCAUGCAAUGGUUCUCCCAGAUUAGCAAUCAGGUGACUUCGUCUCCAAGGUCCUCCUUGACGCCUCGAGAAGGUAGUGGUGGCGGUGGUCCUUUCUCUGUCCAAGAUCCUGGUCAUAGCUCCUCCUCAUCCUCCUCUAGACCUUCAAGCGGAGACUCCUCCAUGAUUUUGCCGCCUAUCUUGGGACCCUAUGAAGAGCAACAGCGUGACCGCCAGGGUCGUCUCCGAUCUCAUUCGUCGCAUAUCCACCCUCUUUCGACACCCUUGACUCAGUUGGACUCAUCGAACCUAGCACAGUUUUCGUCGAGCGAAGAGUCCAAGGACCAACGGCAGCAGUUUGAUACAGCGCUCUCGCCUCGUCUGGAGCAUCAUUGGGAGGAGCAGUAUUUUCCGAUCCGUAAACGACAUGUUGUUGAGACGAUUGACCAGAUUGACUUGCGCGACUUCUUGGGUCUCAAGUAUCAAGUUGCCGAGCACCAUGCCAACGAGCAGUUCAGGAACCCCGAGUUUUUGGGUAACAUGACAGCCAUCCUUUGUGUCGUCCGCGCUCCGCAUACGGCUUGGAAAGGUGGCGAGAGACGUCAAGGGAGCCAGGGAAGCGUUGUUAGUGCUGGUGAGCAAGGGAGCAGUUUUGCGGGAUCCCGGCGGACUUCUGAAGACAUGGAGGUUGACGAGGCUGAACAAAGGAGUAUGGCUGCUGCUGCCGCAACCAAGGCGACUGUCAUCAAGACUGAAGAAGGUGCCAGUGCGGUCAAGAGGGAACCUAUGUCGGAGUCGAUGGAUGUGGAUGAUGGCAGUGGCGGUGGCCAGUCUGUCACGACCUCGAAGGAUGUUGUUGUUCAGCCCUGUCGGUUUGCACUCGAUAUUGAUGUCGACUUGUUCAGCCGCGACCCAGAGCCUAGUUUGCGAGGAUUCGAGAGCUUGACCAUCAACAGCCUCUUUCCGACUCGGAGCUUUGUCGCUGGUUUCGAGGACACCUCAGCCGAGUCUCACACUAAUGCCACGGAGAAGGAGCGCUACCUCUCGGCUCAUAAUGGGUACCCGUCGAACUCACGUCUGGGCCGGUUCUACCUCCCGGAACGAUCCUUCAGGACUCCCGAGUCCCUAGCGACACAACCGGACCCAAACGACCGCUGGGUCUGCUGUAGGUUCGAGGAGUACCAUGGGGUGUCGAUCUGGGUCCUGGAGAGCGUGCUGGACAAGUACCAUGAGAUUUCGCGUCGACACAAGAUGGCCUUGACGCUUGUUGGAGCGACGGUUUAUCAUCGUGAGGCGGUGUAUAAUCGCGAGGACUGGGAGAUCCAUUCGGGAGAGCAGUAUGAGGUCAAAGUCAAGGAGUCGGUGCUGUACCCUGAGAUGAUCCAUCAGGUCUGGAGGGAUAUGUAUCAUCAGCAUCAUCAGCGGACUCAGUACCAACAUCAGCAGCAGCAACGCGCGCCGCCAAUGCCUCAGGUUGCGACGUAUGAGGAAUACCAACGGAGUCUCAUGCAGUCUGAUCCUCGACGUGACAGUUACCAGCCUCAACAGCAGCAAGCGCCUCCACGCGACCGGACCGGUCCCUACUACAGCUACAGCGACUACCGUCAGCAACAGCAGAACCUGCACCGCGAGGAUCUCUCCAGUGCGCCUUCGUCGCCCCAGUCCCCUCGGCACGACGAUUUCCCAGACGGGAGCCCUCAACAUCAUCAUCAGCAGUACCAACAGCAUCAGAGACAAGGGUCAAGUGCAAGCGCAAGCGCGAAUAUGCACCGUCGCAUCUCGAUUGCCGAACUUUGUAACCCCAUGCAGAGUCUUGCGACUGAGCGAGCUCAACGGCGCGAGGAGACUGCCUCCAAGAGGACCUCCAUGUAA